AUGGUGACUAUAGAGAUUGUCAACCUUCCACUCAGCUCGACAAGUGCUCUGAAUUGCCACAGGUGUCAGAAGCUGAAGGUGGCUGUGGAAGUUGCUGGAGUCUACAAAGAGAACCCCCCUGAGAGCCACAGCCUGAGUGACCUGAUCACUAUGGCACUCACCACACAGUCCAUGGGAUUUGCUUUUAGAGGUGUGUCAGGUCAGCGUGACACGCCCUUCUCUUUUGAGGACGAUGACCCCAACAAGGAGAAGGAGGCCGAGAUGCUGCUGGAGUAUAUUGACAAGUUCCACGAGCUGUUUGAUGAGGAGUGUUACCAGGAUGCUGCCAUCCAUGCUGCGAACAGUCCCAAGGGCAUUCUCAGAACACCUGAAACUAUGGCCAAGUUCAAAGAUGUAGGGACUGAAGCCUUACUGGCAUACUGUGAGGCUCUGAUGUCCUCCGUGUCGGCCUUGUCUCACCUACCCAGCCCAGAGGUGUGUCUGGAGUGUGUCAGGUGUGCACUGUCUCAGCACAGACUGGACCUGGUCACUCACUGGAUAGCACAGAACAGCUUGCUACUGACUGAGGAAAUAGCCAAUGCCCUGUGCGAGUAUGCUGACCAGAACCCCCUGAGCGGCCCGGUGUGCCUGGCCCUUGCACAAGCGGUGUUCACAGCCAUACAGGCACACAGGCAGGCAGCUGUCUGUAUGUGCCGCCAAGGCAAGGUGUACAACAUGGUGGAGUAUGCACACGGCACUGGGACUUUCCAUACAGCUGACUGGGAACAAGUGCUGCAGACGUGCCCGUCCCUGGAGCUGGCCCGGUCCCUGACACGGCCGUACAACAACCAGCCGCCAGCCCUGCAGCUGGGACAGGCAGUCAGCACGCUGCUGCAGACAGAGGACUACAUGAUCGGGCUGCAGCUGCUGCAGGAGACACACGACAGGUUCCCAUCAGGUCAGUUUGCAAUCACUCUCAGGUCUAUCGUCUGUUGUUCCCUGUCAGGUGAGGGUUAGACGUGCUUGUAUCCA